GAUCGUUGUGCUCCGUAGAUCUCUGUUACCAGUUUCCAUCAGAUUUCAACAAAUUGGAGUUUCGGAUCAAAAACAUGCUCUGUAUGAAGAGAUACACGGACAAAGUUUGGUCCUUUAUUCGUUCGUCGCUGAGUUUAGAAUAAGGGUUGUCUUCAUCGUUCGACUCUUAUUGUUGAAAUCGAUGCUCCAAAUGAAGCAGCCAUUACAGAACCUUAAUCAGUCGCAGAGGACAGCCUUAGCUGGUGUUUUCGUGCUCCUUUUCCCGAUUCUCUCUCCAAAUCUCUUCAGCCCUCUUGGUCGCGCCUCUCCUUCCCUCUUCUCCGAAUGGAAUUCUCCAAGGCCUAGACAUUUGCGCCUACUCGAAGGCGCUCUUAAUCGACAAAUUUCGAUCAGACAACAGGUUGAGUUAUGGUCUCCCUUGGCAGAUCAAGGUUGGAAGCCUUGCACUGAAUCUUAUAGAGGCGUUCCCUUGCCAGAGAAGUCUCAUGGGUUUCUUCAGGUGUUCCUUGACGGCGGACUAAAUCAACAAAGAAUGGGAAUAUGUGAUGCUGUUGCUGUUGCUAAGAUAAUGAACGUUACACUCGUGAUUCCACGCCUUGAGGUAAAUCCUGUUUGGCAAGAUUCAAGUUCCUUCACAGAUAUAUUUGAUUUGGAUCACUUUAUAAGUGUCCUUAAAGACGAGGUGCGGAUUGUUAGGGAGCUUCCAGUACAGUAUGCCUGGAGCACUCGUGAUUAUUACGCCACAGGUAUUCGAUCUACCAGGAUUAAGACUGCGCCUGUUCACGCUUCAGCAGAGUGGUAUUUGGAAAAUGUCUUACCUGUUAUCCAGAGUUAUGGCAUUGCUGCUGUUGCUCCAUUCUCUCACCGUUUGGCAUUUGACAAUUUGCCUGAAAGUAUACAGCGGUUACGCUGUAAAGUGAAUUUUGAAGCAUUAAACUUUGUUCCUCAUAUUCGGGAGCUAGGGGACGCUCUUGUGCAUCGAUUCAGAUAUCCUCCUUCCAGCUCUCAAACAUCAGGAACUGUGGAUCCGACAGACAGAAUAAACACCAUUGUAAAAGCUGGUGCUGGAAAGUUUGCAGUGCUUCAUCUUCGUUUCGAUAAAGAUAUGGCUGCUCAUUCAGGCUGUGACUUUGAAGGUGGCAAAGCAGAAAGACUGGCGCUGGCAAAAUACCGCCAGGUGAUCUGGCAAGGACGGGUCUUAAAUUCCCAGUUCACAGAUGAGGAGCUAAGAAACAAAGGGCGCUGCCCGUUGACACCAGAAGAGAUUGGUUUACUGCUUUCAGCUUUGGGUUUCAGUAACAAUACCCGUCUCUAUCUAGCUUCACACCAGGUUUACGGAGGAGAGGCAAGAAUCUCGACCCUGCGUAAACUGUUCCCUGGGAUUGAAAACAAGAAAAGCCUAGCCUCCACAGAGGAACUAGCUGAUGUAGAAGGGAAAGCUUCUCUAAUGGCUGCAGUCGAUUAUUACGUGAGUAUGAAGAGCGACAUCUUCAUCUCAGCAUCUCCCGGGAACAUGCACAACGCAUUGCUGGCACAUAGAGCCUACUUGAAUCUUAAAACCAUAAGACCCAACAUGAUACUGUUAGGACAGGUUUUCGUGAACAAGAGCUUAGAUUGGUCAGAGUUUGAAGGCGCAGUAGUGAAUGGGCACAAGAACAGGCAAGGCCAGCUUCGUCUACGCAAACAGAAACAGUCUAUUUACACUUAUCCAGCUCCUGAUUGCAUGUGAACCGAUUCGUUAUCCGACGAUGUUGUACUUGUGAUUGCAACCACAUCUUUGGCACUAGUAGCUGGGUUUGUGGUGUUGUUAUGGAGGAAAACGACGGCGGAUCGGAGCCAGGAGCUGAAGCCUUUGAUGAUCCCUAAGUCUCUUAUGGCUAAAGACGAGGACGAUGAUUUGGAUUUGGGAUCCGGGAAGACCCGAGUCUCUAUCUUCUUUGGUACGCAGACUGGAACAGCUGAGGGGUUUGCUAAGGCAUUAUCAGAAGAAAUCAAAGCGAGAUAUGAAAAAGCAGCAGUCAAAGUCAUUGACUUGGAUGACUAUGCUGCCGAUGAUGACCAAUAUGAAGAGAAACUGAAGAAGGAAACUUUGGCAUUUUUUUGUGUUGCUACUUAUGGAGACGGAGAGCCUACUGACAAUGCUGCCAGAUUUUACAAAUGGUUUACGGAGGAAAAUGAACGGGAGAUAAGGCUUCAACAACUAGCAUAUGGUGUGUUUGCUCUUGGUAAUCGCCAAUAUGAACAUUUUAAUAAGAUCGGGAUAGUUCUUGAUGAAGAGCUUUGUAAGAAAGGUGCAAAGCGUCUUAUUCAAGUCGGUCUAGGAGAUGAUGAUCAGAGCAUUGAGGAUGAUUUUAAUGCCUGGAAAGAUUCGCUAUGGUCUGAGCUAGACAAGCUCCUCAAAGACGAGGAUGAUAAAAGUGUGGCAACUCCUUAUACAGCUGUUAUUCCUGAAUACCGGCUGGUGAUUCAUGAUCCUAGUUUUACAACUGAAAAAUCAAUGGACUUAAAUGUGGCCAACGGAAAUAGUGCUAUUGACAUUCAUCAUCCCUGCAGAGUUGAUGUUGCUGUGCAGAAGGAGCUCCACACACAUGAAUCUGAUCGGUCUUGCAUUCAUCUCGAGUUCGACAUAUCCAGGACGGGUAUUACAUAUGAAACAGGUGACCAUGUAGGUGUAUAUGCUGAAAAUCAUGUUGAAAUAGUUGAAGAAGCUGGAAAAUUGCUUGGCCACUCUCUAGAUUUAGUAUUUUCCAUACAUGCUGACAAGGAAGAUGGCUCCCCAUUGGGAAGCGCAGUGCCGCCUCCAUUCCCUGGUCCAUGCACACUUGGGACUGGUUUGGCAAGAUACGCAGACCUUUUGAACCCUCCUCGAAAGUCUGCGUUAGUUGCCUUGGCGGCCUAUGCCACUGAACCAAGUGAAGCCACAAAACUUAAACAUCUGACAUCACCUGAUGGAAAGGAUGAAUACUCACAGUGGAUUGUUGCAAGUCAGAGAAGUCUUUUAGAGGUGAUGGCUGCUUUUCCAUCUGCAAAACCCCCACUAGGUGUAUUUUUUGCUGCAAUAGCUCCCCGUCUACAACCUCGCUACUACUCCAUCUCAUCCUCGCCAAGAUUGGCGCCAAGUAGAGUUCAUGUUACAUCCGCACUAGUAUAUGGUCCAACUCCUACUGGUAGAAUCCACAAGGGUGUGUGUUCGACGUGGAUGAAGAAUGCAGUUCCUGCGGAGAAAAGUAAUGAAUGUAGCGGAGCUCCAAUCUUUAUUCGAGCAUCUAAUUUCAAAUUACCAUCCAACCCUUCAACUCCAAUCGUUAUGGUGGGACCUGGGACUGGCCUGGCACCUUUUAGAGGGUUUCUGCAGGAAAGGAUGGCACUAAAAGAAGAUGGAGAAGAACUCGGUUCAUCUUUGCUCUUCUUUGGGUGUAGAAAUCGACGGAUGGAUUUUAUAUACGAGGAUGAGCUCAAUAAUUUUGUUGAUCAAGGCGUAAUAUCUGAGCUCAUCGUGGCAUUCUCCCGUGAAGGAGCUCAGAAGGAGUAUGUUCAACAUAAGAUGAUGGAGAAGGCAGCACAAAUUUGGAAUCUAAUAAAGGAAGAAGGAUAUCUCUAUGUAUGUGGUGAUGCUAAGGGCAUGGCGAGGGAUGUCCACCGAACUCUACAUACCAUUGUUCAGGAGCAGGAAGGUGUGAGUUCGUCAGAGGCAGAGGCUAUAGUUAAGAAACUUCAAACUGAAGGAAGAUACCUCAGAGAUGUCUGGUGAUUGAUGAUGAUUUAUUGGUAUUCUCUACUUUUUAAAGCUUUCUUGGUACGAAGACUGUUCUUACCAUUUAGAUAUUUAUUUGUUUAUUUUCCUUCGUCUCCCUUCUUUUCUUGCUUAUUAUAGUCAAACAUGAAUGGUUUGUCAAAGUUGUCUUUGUAUGAACAAAAGUAUAAACUAUCAAAUAAAUC